AUGGGUCCCAUUGAAGUUCUCUCCCAACCGAUCCAGUUCAAGGGUGGUCUAAACGCUCUUAACCGGACUUUGAAGAGUGCCAUGACCGAACGUCUCUGUACGUAUGAUGACGUCGAUCUCGACGCUCGAGGAAAGCCCACUCCGGAAUACGAAGAGUUGUAUCGCGUUUGGAGUGAAGGAAAGAUUGGAACCAUAAUCUUGGUGCAUGGAUGCUUCUCUUACAUCUUAAUUGUUGAGGACGGUGUUCAUAAAGCUGACCUCAAAGCCAACCCUCCCAUACCAAAGGGCAACAUACCCGUUCACCGCGAGUACCUUGAGGCCAAAGGAAACGCUAUUAUCGACAAGGAUUCCCCAUGGGACCCGGUGGAAGCUUUCAAGCCCGUCAUAUCGGCAGCGAAGGCACACGGCUCUUUGGUGAUAGGACAAUUGACUCACGCGGGUAGACAGACACCAUUUCAGGUCAAUCCGAAUCCCGUAUCAGCUUCAGAGACCCAAAGUCCCCCCUCUUUCGGGAUGAACUUUGGAAAAGCGAGAGCGUUGAGCGUGGAUGAAAUCCAAGAUGUCGUUGACAGGUUCGCUUACGGAGCCGAGGUGCUCUACAAAGCUGGGGCAGACGGCGCUCAGCUACAUGGGGCUCAUGGGUAUCUACUGUCUCAAUUUCUGUCUCCUCGGGUUAAUAAGCGAACCGAUCAAUACGGUGGAUCCUUCGAAAAUCGUAGCCGAAUAGUGUUCGAAAUUAUCGAUGCUGUCAAGAAAAGAGUGACUGAUCCGAAGUUUAUUUUAUCCAUUAAAUAUAACUCUCAUGACUUCAUUGAAGGCGGAUUUACGAAAGAGGACAGUCAGGUGAUGGCCAAAAAAUUAGAGGCUGCGGGAGUUGAAUUGAUUGAGCUAUCCGGGGGCACUUAUGAACUGUUGCCAUUUGAAGAAAAGAAAGAAAGCACGUUGAAAAGGGAAGGAUUUUUCCUUGAGUUUGCCGAUCGCAUCCGCCCUCAUUUAUCCGGUGCCUCAGUCCUCGCGGUGACGGGCGGUUUCCGAACGCUGGACGGGAUGGCUUCAGCAGUCUCCUCCAAAGACAGAACGUGCGAUGACGAGAAAUCUGCCAAGGAGGUCAUCGAGUUGGUAACUGCAAAAUAG